AUGUCCAGAUACGAAACAGCCCUCCGUCGCAUCGACGAAGCGCAUGCCUGCGACCCACGGCAAAUACAUGAUGCGUCAUCGCAGGGCCAGAUUCCAUAUGAGCUACACUACGCCAACAAAAUGACCUCAUACCUCACCCUCGUGGAACCCUCGGCCUCAGAAUUGCUACAGCUCGCCAUUCGCGCCCAACACCUGCGCCGAUGGGAACUCCCGCGCAGCGAGUACCCAGCCACGAAGAUCGGGUACCACUCCUGGCGCGCGGAGCUGCAGCGGCGCCAGGCCACGCUGGCGGAGCAGAUUUGUACGGAGAGCGGGUAUAGCGUGGAGGAGGCGGCACGUAUAGGGGCACUGGUGCGCAAGGCAGAUCUGAAGAAGGGGGACCCCGAGACGCAGACUCUGGAGGAUGUGGCGUGUCUGGUGUUUUUGGAUGAUCAGUUUGACAAGUUUGAGAGGGAGCUUGGGGACGAGGAUAAGAUUGUGGAUAUUCUGCGCAAGACUUGGGGGAAGAUGUCUGAGAAGGGGAGGGAGGAGGCAUUGAAGAUUAACUUGUCGGAGCGUGGGAAGCUUUUGGUCGAGAAGGCGUUACAAGGUUGA